AUGGCAAAGGAUCCGUUGGACGAAUUAAUAGAUUUCCUCAAGCCUGACUCGAGGGUCGAUCUAAAACAUAUAUCAUUAGACCAUUUACUAGGUUUAUCCGGCACAGAGGACGGAAUAAACAUAAUUUUGUCUAAGGAAAAGAUUCUACAAUGUAUUAUUGAUUUAACAAACGAUAAAGUUGAAGAAAUAAGUAAAAACGCUUUGUUACUUCUAAUUAAUGUCACUGCAAACUCGAAAGGAGUGCUAGAACUAAUAAAAUACAAACCGGAAGGUAAGAAGAAUGUUGUAGGAAUAUUUAUUGGUUAUGUUCUUGAUCCGCAGACGAAGAACGCUGACGUUGCUUGUAUGAUUUUAUCAAACAUAACACGAGUAGAAGAAGCCCUAAAGAUAAGUAUAGAUACAUUUCUACCGCAUCUCAAUGAUUUACUAAACGUUUUUGUAAACAUAGACUAUAAUAAGAAUGGUGCUAAUUUAAACUACUUAGCUCCACUAAUUAGUAAUCUAAGCUGUAAUAUAAGAGUACGUAGAUGGCUAACAGAAGAAAACCCCCACUUGCCGCUGAUAAAAUUGCUUCCUUUCUGCAACUACAGCCCAUCUAGUAUACGAAGAGGUGGUGCUAUAGGCACCUUACGAAAUAUAGCAUUUGACACUUCACAUCAUGUCUUUCUGUUAUCCAGAGAUUUGGAUCUACUGACCUAUUUAUUAACUCCCUUAAUGGGUAAUGAGGAGUAUGCAGAUGAAGAAAUGGAUGCCCUGCCAAUUGCUCUGCAGUACUUACCGAAGGAAAAAGAAAGGGAUCCAGAUAUUGAUAUACGCAAGAUGGUUUUAGAGACUUUAAACAAAUUAUGUGCUACUAAACAGGGUAGGGAGACACUCAGGAACAAUGGUGUCUAUUAUAUUUUACGAGAAUAUCAUAAAUGGGAGAAAGAUGCAAAGACCAGACUUGCCUGCGAGAAUGUAGUGGAUAUUUUAAUACAGAAGGAAGAAGAAGUUGGUGCUGAUGAUUUAUCCAAGGUUGAGGUACCAGCAGACAUGACGGAAAAGUUUCAAAAUAUGGAUGAUGAAUAUGUAAACAGUGUAUAA